GGUCUUUCGACGUAUAUACGGCGCAGUAGCUGUUGUUCUCGGAUUUGAUCUCCACAGGAACGUGUUGACCGAGACUUGUGCUGCUGAAAGCCCCCCUGAGGUUCCAACUUACCGCCGCCGUCGACCCAAAAUGGCCGGAUCCAGAAAGCGCAAGCACGCCGACUGCUCGGACGACGACAGCCCCGUCAAAACCAAUUUAGAUCCCGGAACUAGUUUCGGAGUAGCACAAACUCUGGCGACUCUCCAGAAGUCGGCAUUCGAAUCAAAUGGCACCCACGCGAGCCAUGAUGCCUCCGACGCCGGGACCGCUCAGGCGCAAGCUGCAGCACAGCGACCGUCCAAGAAGAAGCGCGUGGAUGGCGUCAAGACCAAGUACCCCGUUCUCACUUACGUCGAAGGGCGAUUGCAGUCAUCCAUUCGGAUUGCAGACCUGCAAAGUCUGCUCCUCUACUGCUUCGCGGACGGAAUCGCACCGCAAUGGAUUUCCAUCAAGCACUCUGGCUAUGUUAGAAAGGUUGUGGUAGUCAUGGUGCCUGGUCUGGAACUCGGGAUGCUCGAUGGGUCUAUAUCACUGGGACUGGAGGAGGCGAGCGAGGAGAUGGAGAUGGACCACGAUACAGAAGCUGCGGAAAAGCAAGAGGAGGAUCCAAAGGCGGCGGACUUCGCCCGGUGGAAGCAAGGUCUGCCUCUGGAGGAUCGGUCUCAUCGAUACAACCCGCGUCCCUUGACGCGGGAGAGCCUUCCAGCGCCUUUGAAGUCGUUGGCGGAUAUAUUUCCUCACGCUUGGCCCGUCAAGGCGCCUGGAGAUACCAAGUAUAACAAGGUUCACUCGCCGCUUCAAGCGAUGCUCCUCACUCCACUCCCGAAGAACAAGGACAAUAACACCAAGGGUCCGAAAGCCCCCAAGGUGGACAAGAACCAGGUCUUCCAGAGAACCCCAAUCACUGCAUUUAUCAGUUCCGUCGAGGAUUUGCGCGAAAACGACUACGUCCUACAUCCAGCUCUCAUGGCUAAUGAGCAAGAAAGAUUGACAUUAGCCGAGAACCGCAGGCGAGCCGGUCAGUCCUCUGAGGAUGGAUGGGUUGAUACCCACGUGGAGAAUUUGGAGGCUGGCCAAGUACCAGACGACGAGAUACAGCAGGGAAGUAUGACCGCAGGACGGGACGUAUUGGCUUUGGAUUGUGAAAUGUGCAUCACGGAAGGAGGUCAAUCUGAACUCACGCGAAUCAGUCUGGUCCGCUGGGAUGGGGAAGUCAUAUUGGAUGAGCUCGUAAAGCCUCAAAAGCCGAUCAUCGACUACCUCACUCGAUUCUCUGGCAUCACCAAGGAAAAGCUCGAUCCCGUCACCACCACCAUCGCCGAUAUUCAGCAGAAACUCCUCACGAUCCUCACCCCGCGAGCCAUCCUCGUUGGCCACUCCCUCAACUCCGACAUGAACGCGCUCAAGAUGACACACCCGUUCAUCGUCGACACCACCCUCAUCUACCCGCACCCGCGUGGCCCACCCCUCAAGUGCAGCCUGAAAUGGCUCACUCAAAAAUACAUGGGCAAGGAGAUUCAGAAGGGCCAAACCGGCCACGAUUCUAUUGAAGACGCCCGCGCCGUACUCGAGCUCGUCAAGCAGAAGUGCGAGAAGGGAGAACGCUGGGGCACGGGCGACAACUCCAACGAAAGCAUCUUCAAGCGUCUUGGUCGCUCCAUUCGACCUGGCAAGCACAUCACCUCAGCCACCACUGCCACCACCACCACCACCAACACUUUCGAAGGCCGCACCGGCGCCGUCGUCGACUGGGGCAACCCCGAACGAGGCUUUGGCGCCCAAGCGACCGUCGCAAUCGGCUGUGUCGACGACAAUGACGUUGUCAACGGCAUUUCCGCCGCCGUCAACGGCGACGCGACCAACCCGUCCAUCCCCGGCGGCGGGGUCGACUUCACCUGGGCGCGCCUGCGCGAACUCGAAUCCCACCGCGGCUUCUGUAACCGUCUCCCAGACCCCAACAACGCGAACGAAUCCACCGCUGUGGUAAUUCCUGCAGCGGAGGAGUCCAGCGCCUCCGAUGCCCCUGUGGACGCCGCAGCAGCACAAACGACAUCGUCUUCCGCACCCGAGACGCAACAGGAAUCCACGACGACGACGACGGCCCCGCAACUUGCAGAUGUUGUGGCGCGGACAGUUACCAACAUCCAGCGUAUCUACGAGUCCCUGCCGCCCUGUACUUUGUUCAUGCUUUACUCGGGCACCGGGGAUCCCCGCGAGGUCGCCCGUUUGCAGGCGAUGCACAAGCAGUUCCGCGAGGAGUAUAACUCUAAGAAGCCGUGGGAUGAGCUGAGUGUCAAGUGGACGGAUACGGAGGAGCAGGCGCUCAAGAAAGCCUGUGAGCGGGCCCGCGAGGGCUGUGGGUUUAUGUGUGUCAAGUAGAGUAGAGAUGUGUAAGAGGAUCUGUUUAUGUAUGUACGGUAUAUACCAGUGUUGAUUAG